AUGCUCCUUCGACGAGGCUUGCUGGUCACGCGCGGGCCCCUGCUGUCCCUGGCCUCCAACUGGACGCCUCAGAGACCCAGAGCUGCCAGAACAAGUGUGUCAAGCUCAAUGGCAGACCCUUCGCCAGCUGCCUCCAAAAAGGUGAAAAUGGCUAUUUGCCAGCUGCUGGUGACCGCAGACAAGGAAGAGAACAUCAAGUGUGCGAGGAAAGCCAUCGAGGAUGCUGCCAAGCAGGGCUCCAGCAUAGUCGUCUUGCCUGAGAUGUGGAACUGCCCAUAUUCGAAUGACUCCUUCCCGACAUACGCAGAAGAGGUGCCUUCGCCUGGACCUGACAGCCCUGUGGCUCCAGCCACUUCAACGUCUCCUUCAGUCUCUAUGAUGGCAGACGUAUCACGCCAGUGCGGCGUCACUCUGGUUGGUGGCUCGAUCCCUGAAUGCAGCAACGGCAAGCUGUACAAUACGUGCUGUGUGUUUGGAUCUCGAGGCUCGUUGCUCGGGAAGCACAGGAAAACGCAUCUGUUCGAUAUUGACAUCCCAGGCAAAAUACGGUUCAUGGAGUCUGAUACUUUGACAGCCGGAGACAAGCUGACCGUUGUGGACACAGACGUUGGACGCCUUGGUAUAGGAAUCUGUUACGACAUCCGUUUUCCUGAGAUGGCACUACUGUACGCAAAGGCGGGAGUGCAGAUCAUUGUGUACCCAGGUGCAUUCAACACGACCACCGGCCCUGCGCAUUGGGAGGUGGUGCAAAGGGCGCGUGCGGUGGACUGCCAGUUAUUUGUGGUGACCUGCUCUCCCGCCAGGCAGGAGGGCGCAGGAUACCAGGCGUGGGGUCACUCUACAGCCGUGGGCCCUUUCGGCGAGGUGUUGGCCACUUGCGGCCACGAACAGGCUACCGUGUUUGUGGAACUGGACUUGGCGCAGGUGGAGAGGCGCCGGGAGAAUAUGCCCUUCAUGAGGCAAAGGCGCGCCGACCUAUAUAGCCUUACGGGUGAGGCUGCCAAGCCUUAG